UAAUUUUCUGCCAUCAACCCACAAGCGCAACCCUCACUCACACUCGCCCCUCCUCAAACCCUUACCUCAGCACAACACAACGGAACCGCCAUCAUGGGUCGCGUGCGCACGAAAACGGUCAAGAAAUCAGCCAAGGUUAUCAUCGAGCGAUACUAUCCCAAGCUGAGUCUGGACUUCGAGGUCAACAAGCGCAUCUGCGAUGAGAUUGCUAUUAUCGCGAGUAAGAGGCUUAGGAAUAAGAUUGCCGGGUAUACAACGCAUCUGAUGAAGCGUAUCCAACGCGGUCCCGUCCGUGGUAUCUCCUUCAAGCUUCAAGAAGAAGAGCGCGAGCGCAAGGAUCAAUACGUGCCCGAAGUUUCGGCUCUCGACUUCACGCAGAACAGUGAGACUGGUACGCUGGAUGUGGACCAGGAGACCAAGGAUUUGUUGAAGAGCAUGGGUUUCGACUCUAUCCCUGUCAACGUUGUUGCCGUGGCCCAACAACAAGUCGCCGAGCGACCUCGCCGCUUCGGAGAUCGUCGUCCGGGACAGUAGAGACCUACGUCCCCCUCCUCCCUCUCUUCGACUCACGGAUAAUGGGCAUACUUGUGCGGUUCGGAUGGUGCAUGCAUGCUAGGGAUACUGUGCCGGGGAAUACACAGACAGCCUACCCAUCAUGAAUGGUUAGUCAUGGUUCGGCUAGCCAAGGUUAGGUGAAUGAAAAAGAAUCUUUCCCCAUCAGGUGUCGCUGAGUCUGUACCGCGAGAGCGGUGUAGAUGAGGCUUGAUUGCCAUUUCCCCUUCCCCUUCCCCUUUGCUCUGUGAGUGAUGUGUGCGUAUUUAGUUAUGGUGCUGGUGUAGAUUGAGCUUACAGAUAGGUAAGUAUACGUUUUAUUGUUG